GAAGGAAAGAAAGAUGGCCGUUGCCGUUAAUAUGGCGGAGCGUUCAUGCAACGUUUGUUUUGAGGUUUCACGGUCGUAAACAUUCGUUCGUCGCCGGCUGCCGGCUCUAAGGGCUGAACACAUAGAGCCAUGUCGAAUCCGAAAAGGACAAUUUAUGUCGGUGGUCUGGCCGAGGAAGUGGACGAGAAAGUCCUCCAUGCUGCUUUUAUUCCCUUUGGUGACAUAGUCGAUGUACAGAUUCCUCUAGAUUACGAGUCCGAAAAGCACAGAGGCUUUGCUUUUAUAGAAUUCGAAGCUGCUGAAGAUGCUGCUGCAGCCAUAGAUAAUAUGAAUGACUCAGAAUUAUUUGGUAGAACAAUUCGAGUCAAUAUUGCCAAACCACAGAGAAUAAAAGAAGGGUCCUCGAAACCAGUGUGGUCAGAUGACAAGUGGUUACAAGAACAUGCUGGGGAAACGCUUGAAAAUGAACCAGAUGAAAAGAAUUCCACCGCAACAGACAAGGAAAAGGGCACAUCUGAGGAUAAGAAGAAAACGAAGAAUCCUCAAGUCUAUUUUGACAUUAAAAUUGGUAAGACUGAUGUGGGAAGAAUUAUUAUAAUGCUGCGAGCAGAUGUGGUUCCCAAAACUGCUGAAAAUUUCAAAUGCCUCUGCACACAUGAAAAAGGUUAUGGAUAUCAAGGAAGCUCAUUUCAUCGUAUCAUUCCAGGAUUUAUGUGCCAAGGAGGAGAUUUUACUAAUCACAACGGUACAGGUGGACGUUCCAUCUACGGCCGAAAGUUUGAGGAUGAAAAUUUUGACUUGAAGCACACAGGACCAGGAACUCUGUCCAUGGCAAAUUCAGGCCCAGGUACCAAUGGGUCUCAGUUCUUCCUCUGCACUGCUAAAACAGACUGGCUAGAUGGAAAGCAUGUAGUGUUUGGCCAUGUUAUAAGUGGUCUGGACGUUUUGAAAAAGAUGGAGAAAUAUGGAACCAAGGGUGGCCAACCGACAGAAAAAGUUGUUAUUUCAGGCUGUGGGGAGUUAUCAUGAAAUAAAGUAUUCAACAGAAUGUAAGUCACA